UGAAAAAAAGUGGUGCAAAUUGCGUGACAACGCAGCAUCCUUUUGCGGGAGAUUUUUAGCGCAACAACAGCCUGUCGCUAAGGAAUUCACCUUAGGUGUCCCCCCUCUCCCCCCCUCAGUGGGACAUUAUUUUAAUUUAAACUAAGCUCGGAAAAGGGGGAGGGAAGAAAGCUAGAGAUCCCCCCUCUCCCUCCCACCCUCCGACCCCCCCUCCUUCCGUCAUGUCUCCUUGGACACUGGUCGUGCGUUUUGUGGAGAAGACGACCGCGCAUAUGAACGUGUCCAACAGCCAUUUAACGCAGCGCAGCGCGCGCAGGAUUACUUUUCCAAACAGCGUCUCUGACAUGUAAUCCGGCGUGGUGAUACAUCUGCGUAUCAGGGGGACAUCCAUAUUCCUCAGCAUCUAUUUUAUUCUAUUUAUUUUUAUUCCAUCAGAGAAGUGAUAUAGCCUGCUCUGACGUCUGCAUCAGAUAUUACCCACUGCUUUUUUUUCCUCCUCCAAUGUGCAUUUUCCCCUCAGUGGCUUUGCGCUGAUCUACAUCAUCAGCAGCAGCAACGAGGAGGAGGAGGAGGGGGGGAGAAAAGAAGAAGAAAAAGAAGAAGAAGAAAAAAUUAGGAAUGACAAUUUUCCCUUUUUUGAAAGCCACCGCUCCCCUUCAGCCGAGCAGCAUUUCCUGCGUAAAGACGCAUCUUUGAGCGGCAUCGCGCUGUGGAGGAGACUGGCGCUCGCUGGAACCAUGCCUCUCCUGCAGAUUUGGACUGGGAAAUUUCAUCCUCCAAUUUGACUGUCAGGAGCUCAGCCAUUCCCGAGAGGAAGAACACUUGUCAUCACUUUUAAAAGUAUUGUGCAUGCUGUUUUUUCCCCUCUCCACUACCACCACCACCACCACCACCACCUCUCUUAUUUCUGAGCAAGAUGUCUGAUCUCCUGGUGUUGGUCGAGGGGCUCUGUGACCUGCACGGAUUUCCAUAGCUGGGGGGGAAACAGCGGGGGCCAAGUAGCAGAUUUGUGAAGAUUGAGAAGCCCAGAGUGAUGAAGGCACCGCAUGCGUCGAUGUAGAUCAGUGCAUCCAUCCUCUUUAAUAGGCAGUUCUUAUUAUUCAUAUUAUUUGUUAAUUGCCAGGUUUUACUUUGUGCAUUUUUGUUUGAGGGGGAGGACCGCUGGACUGGUUGGAUUAUAAAAACUAUAUCUAAGGAUUUGUGGAGAUGUUGGGUCGUCAAGAAGAUAAAUUAUGUGGAAUUUUCUCUGCUCUGGCGGCUUUGUCCUUCGUCUGCUUUGUGCAAAGCUCCUCCACCGGAAACACCGGCAUGUCUGUGGCCAAGACUACCGUGGACAAGUUGCUGAAGGGAUAUGACAUCCGUUUAAGGCCUGACUUUGGAGGUCCUCCGGUCAUUGUAGGAAUGAGCAUCAACAUAGCCAGCAUCGACUCCAUCUCAGAAGUAAACAUGGACUACACCAUCACAAUGUAUUUUCAGCAGAGCUGGAGAGAUAAGCGUUUGGCCUACGGAGAGCUGAACCUGAACCUGACUCUGGACAACCGUGUAGCAGACCAGCUGUGGCUCCCAGACACCUACUUUCUUAAUGACAAAAAGUCCUUUCUUCACGGCGUGACAGUCAAAAACCGUAUGAUCCGACUGCACCCUGACGGCACCGUCUUGUACGGGCUGAGAAUAACAACAACUGCUGCUUGCAUGAUGGAUUUAAGAAGAUACCCGCUGGAUGAGCAGAACUGCACCUUGGAAAUUGAAAGCUAUGGAUAUACUACGGAUGACAUCGUAUUCUUCUGGCAAGGAGGAGACAGCGCUGUGACCGGUGUGGACAAGUUAGAGUUACCUCAGUUCUCCAUUGUGGAACUGCGCCUGGUGUCCAGAGAGGUCAGGUUUACCACAGGUUCAUAUCCGAGGCUUUCACUGAGUUUCAGGAUUAAGAGGAACAUCGGAUAUUUCAUCUUGCAGACGUAUAUGCCCUCCAUCUUGAUCACCAUCCUCUCCUGGGUCUCCUUCUGGAUUAAUUAUGAUGCCUCUGCAGCUAGGGUGGCCCUUGGUGUGACAACGGUGCUUACCAUGACAACAAUUAACACCCACCUUAGGGAGACUCUCCCAAAGAUUCCAUAUGUGAAAGCCAUCGACGUCUACCUCAUGGGCUGUUUUGUGUUUGUGUUCCUGGCCCUGCUUGAAUAUGCCUUUGUAAAUUAUGUGUUCUUUGGCCGGGGCCCUGCGCAGCAGAAGAAGCUCAGUGAAAGGCUCGGCAAAGUCAACAACGAGCGCACGAGAUACGAAGAGAAGCGCCUGAGGGAACAGGACUCCAUUUCCGUGCCGUUUCAAACCAACACCUUCAGGUCAUUUACACAGCGAAGAAAUCUGUAUCUCGAGGAACAAAGAAAAGUUGGGGUGGAUGCCUACGGGAACAUCCUCCUCACCACACUGGACAUGAACAACGAGGUGAUGCCUUCUGACGUGGGGAGCAGCGUCAGUGACUCUCGGAAUUCCGUGAUGUCCUUCGACAGCUCCGGAGUCCAAUUCAGGAAGCCUAUGGCGCCUCGAGAUGGCUACAGCCAUCACUCGCUGGACCGGAGUGCCAUGAGGAGUCGGGCCAACUGCCGGCUAAGACGGCGCUCCUCAAAGCUCAAGUUGAAAAUCCCAAACCUCUCAGAUGUUAGCACCAUUGACAAGUGGUCCCGGGUCAUUUUUCCCAUCACCUUUGGAUUUUUCAACCUAAUCUACUGGUUGUACUAUGUGAAUUGAUGUGCAUCCCACUAGGAAUCAUGGGCCAUAUUUUGAGAGCACAUUAAAUUGGCUUUGAUACAGUUCCAAAAUAUGUAUACACAUAUACAAGUUGAAAAUAUGUAUAUGCAUAUUUCUAUAUAAUAUAUUUAUAUAUACACACAUGUGAAAUCCGAAGGACCUUUCUGCUGUACAAAGUAUUGCUAGGAUGACUUGAAUGUUUACUUGUGCGAGAAGAAUUUCAAGGCUUUGAGUUUUCUUUUUUCCUCCUGAAACUAACAAACAAAUAAAUCCCAUCAGGGGUUUCUGGAACUAAAGACUGCAUGAUAUUUUUGCUAUAAAAGAAAAAAAAAAAGAAAGAAAGAUAAAAAAAAUGUUCAAGAAAAAAGCAAAUGCUCUUGAGAAGGAAAAGAUGUCUCAGAGUCCCGUUGACUUUUUAUCGACUCAGAAAUCCUCCUCUGCAGCUCAUCAAGUCAGUGGUGGCUUGUCUGUUCAGACAUCGGCUGAGUGAGAUCCUUGGCAGAAACCUCCGAAAACCCCCACACUCCUUCUGACCCCACAAACACCGAGACCACCCCAUCCUCACAACCCACCCCUCCCCCAGCCAUCACAUGGAUAACACACACGGAAUACUCCGGUUUUACUAUGUACAGCAACCACGUUUGGAUUAUGUGUUGUUCCUCGGGUUUUUUGAAGUGGUAUUGUUCUCUUUAUUAGGCAUCAACUCUGGCCUGCUGGUCUCCGCGCCGGAGGGGGCCACACGGUUGGGAUGUUUGACCGCUGCACCUCCGCCCCAAAGCUAACACAAACUUGUAUUCCUUUUCAUGUCAUUUUGAGAAAACGCAUCCUCGUGUAGGGGCGGGGGUGGGGAGCCUUUUUUCUUUAGUUUGUUUCGUUCUGUUUUUUAAUAUUCAUCACGGUUAAAAACAAGUACUGAGUAAUGUAGAUAUGAUUUUGUCUUGAAAAAUACUGUGAUUUCCAAGGGUGUCCGAACAUGUUCUAGAGCUUAGGGCAUUAUGAGACGGAAGAGUCAAAGGUUGACGAUGAUACGAAAGAAAAAAGUUUGCAUAUUCUGUACAUUUUAUCAUUCAGUAUUCUCAUGGAAGUAUUCCUGUGCGUGUUUCUUUCCUCUUGACAGUUUAUUCACAUUCUCUAUAGAUGCAGAGUCCAUUCACCUCCCGUCACGCUUUGUGUUAAGAGAAACAGGGGAUUGCCUUUGUUUGUUCUUUGUUUCCAAUUAUUCCUCGGUAAAGACAUCUGUAUUCCAAAAGAUCCGUUUGGCAAGUUGCCAUUUUAGUUUGUUUUGUUUGUUUCUGUUAUUUCUUCUGUGUUCAGGUCGCUGUGUUGUUAGGCAAGACCACUAGGAUGGUUUUGAUGAAUCCCAAGCAGAGAAAACGGGUUCCACAUCUCAUAUUUUGAUGAUCGCACUCCGUAAAAAAAAACAAAAACAAAAAAAAAAAAUCUGAAAAAAAAAAACUUGGUUACACUUGGGGAAAAAAUGUCUGAGAAAUAGCCAUUAAUUGAAUUACGUGAUGACCGAAAUGCCUAUAAUUCAUACUGUUUGUCUCAAAAUUUACACCUACGUUGCAUUUAUGGCACUCAGGUUUAUUUGCAGAGAAAUGAAAAGUGUUUGAACUUGUGUUCUGUUUAGUCCAACUUCAUGGUUUUGUUUUAGAGUUUAAACAGCCAUCAAGUAGGCAGUAAAGACAAAAGAAGACAACAAAAAUGGAUACACUGUUGGAAAGGUUCGCAGGAAAAGACGGGGUACAGAUAAGGUAUAGUUAAAAAAAAAAAAAAACAUCGAAAUUGUCAACUUGCCAAUACAAAAUAAGUGAAUUUUUACAAAAACAAAGAGGGCUGCAGAGUGUCAAGAAAUGGACGUGUCAUGGCUCUGCUGUAGACCGCAUUGGUGUAGCAUGAAUGAGAUGUUUGCAAAAAGAAAUACUGAUCAGAAGCAGUCUCCCCAAGUCAUCGUGAAGUUCGUACAGUGUUGUGGCCUGAGCUGUGAUGUCGUUUCAGUGUUUCUUUUUGUUUACAUCUUAUACAGAGUGCCUUAAAUAAGACGUGUUUAAGAAGCUUAGAUAAAAAAAAAUGGAGAUUAGCAAAAAUACAUGAAGAAACCAGAUUUGUACUAAAAAAAUAAGCUUGAAAGCAGUUUUGGAAAAAUAAAAAACUCAAAAGUGGGUUGUCAGAGCACAUCAAGGAUUUGACACAAAAACAUAGUCGGACUUCCGGUGGACACACAUCAACUAAAAAAGAACAAAAAAACAAUGAAGCGAAGAUGUUGUCUUUUUAUUUCCAUUCUUCUUUCCAUCUUAAAUUUAGCACCUCUCUGCAGUAAAUUGCGACCAAAUGACAUCGUGUGGGACACAAAAGCUUUAUUGUGCUUUCUCCACAUAUGCAGUAGUACUCCCUGACACCUGUGAACUGACUAUGACGAUCCCCUUUAAACUCAUUGUAGACAUCCCUGUGACACGUAUGCUGCAAGCUGAACUUCUGACUCCUGAAGUUCUGUCACGUGAGACACUCAGAUGAAAUACUAGAUGUAAUUCUCUUAUUAGUAUUUAGUUUUUACAGUUAGAUGAGGAGUGGAAUUCUAUAACAUUUAUGGAGUAUUGACUCGUUUACGAUUAGUAUAAUACUUAUGAUGUUUAAUGUAGCAAGGGGUCCCUGCAUUAGGGCUACUUUGGAUGUGACCAUUUAUAUAUAUAUGUUGCUUUUUUAUUUAAUUUGGUUAUUGAUUAAAUUAAUUAGAUGUUACAAGAAUUUAGAAUCAUUCGGAUAAUAUACUAUUUUUUAUUUAUUUAUUGCUCUGCACACUACCAACUUGCCAAACUGUUGAAGUAUAUUUACGAAGACAAUAUGAGGCCAGAGUUUGAUAAAAGCAUGGUCUGGCUCAACCGUGCUCUCUGUGAGAUGCCCGCCGAGUAUUGCAUUUGCAAUGCAAACUAACUUAACAUCAAUUUCUCAUUCAGAGUGCUUUAAGAAUUGUAUACAAACAUACAGUUCAGGUAUUUUUUUUUUCCAAGACACACAUCCUUAAUGAGCCCUAAACAUCCACGGAGGGGAACACAUUAUUAGCCCUUCCAGGCCCACACUAAAACCGCCCAUUCCUAUCCGACAUACUUACAUCCUGCUUUCAGGCCAUUAAAUCAGCACCUUCAUCCCAGAAGCUGUGAGGAUAUUCUGUUUGAAGCUUUCUUUAGAAUAUUUGUCUAAACAAAAGAGGGAGAAUACAUUUCUUUAUUUGUGUGAGGAGUACAGAAGGGUAGGGAAAAAAGGUGUUGAACCGAUUUCAAUGUGAAUUUUCUUGCCUCUAGUGUAUAUGUGUAAUUACAUGUGAAAUGUACUGUAAAUAUAAUAUCUUUCACUGAAUAGUUCUUAAUGCAUGAACAAAAACAUGGCAGUUCGUAAUACCAGCUAGCCUCACUGCUAACGGCAUGGACAGCUUUUCUAGCAUUGGCAUACUUCUGCAAACGAAACCUAAAAGUGAAAAACAUAAAGUACACGGUGUGGGCAAAAUAAUUCGAGGAGUCAACACAAAUUCCUCUUACAGUGAAGGAGUUUCCAGUGGCCUUGAGCUUUUCUGAAUUUGCCUGAUUUUUUCAUUAAGUCUAGGUGUUAGCUUAAACGUUAGCAUGCUAAGUUUUCCUCAGAACGCUUAUAGUGAUUAGUUAAUAGUAAUUCUGCAGAUGGACCGGCAUCCUGUUAUAAGCUUUAUCUUUUCCUGCUUAACUUCAUUUUAUUUUGGCUAAAAAAUUUUAGUCAGAAUGCUUUAAACUGUGAUGAAAAAAGACAAGGACUUAGCAAGAAGUUCUGCUCCCAAGGAGUAACGAACAACACAAUAGAUUUAUUUGUUGAAACAGAUUAAUGAAACUAAUGUAGCUAAAUACCACCACUGUGAUCAAACACAAUAUUUGCCAAUUAACAAGUGAUAACAUAAACCAAUAACAGAAGAAUUAGUGCUCAAUUAAAGUUGCUAAUUUCAAGAAUUGAAAGGUUUCUACCUUGAAUUUUUCAACUUUAUGACGACAAUUCUGAUUAUGUUGAGCUCUAAUGAAGUGAUUCAUGCUCCAUGUGCCUAAAAACAUGAUUCAUCUGUUUAAUAUUUUUCUAUAUAAAAAAAAAGAGAGAACAGUGUUUUUAGAGAGGUCUCCUAUUCUGCUGCUCCACAAGGACGGCUGUGAGUGCCCUUAAACAAGACGCAAACAACUGUAAAAAUUGAUGGGUUUUGUAAUCGUUUCGUUGCCAUCUUGGCAGGAUGUGACAUCACAAACCCCCAACCAUUUCAAAAAGCUUGACAAACAAGUUCAAGAGUUGUUGAAAAAUACCCAGUUAGGCAUUUGUAGAGCAAAAGAAACCGCAAAUCAAGACACAAGCCCUCAUAUCUAGCAGUUACAUUUUUUUUAAUAUAUUUUUAUGUCUAGGUAUGUAGACAAAAAAAGAUUUUGAACCAACCUAAGCAUGCUUACUUUUAUUCUAAAGAUAAAUUAUUUCUCGUUUGUGUAAAUAGUUACUGACUUGAUGACUAACAAGCUCCUAAUAGUAAAUUUUCAUGCUUUUUAAAUACAUUUUAACCAUAAAUUAAAUGCAACGGUAGCAUAUUUUAGUGAGGUGUGCUAAACAAAGAAAAAAAAAAUAGAAAUUCCAAAACACUUUUGCCUCCUGAUACAAAUUUAACUUUUUUGGUGGGUAAAAGCAGGUUAAAUUUUACAGGAUUUCUGAGUAAUUCAUCAAACAUUUUCUGCUCCAAUCCACUGCAGCAAAAUGUCAAAUAUUACAUUUCACAUGGCUGACCCACCAAAGACUCCUCACUGUAAGAAGAACUUUUGUUGUCAUUUUUGCUAUUUUGUACAUACCUUGUAGGUUUUGUUUUGCAUGACCUAAGUUUUAAAAGGUUUAUUUUCCUAUAUUUUUACUCUACAUCAUCCAGUCCAUCUCCACAGCCAGGAAAAUAAAAAAAAAGUAAGAUCCAGUGUUUACAUGCUCAAAUUGCACUUGUUUUACAGCCAGCUCUAUAAAUCUUGUAAAAGAAAUCUUUUGUACAGCUGGAGGACAAAGGUAACCACGGAUCAUGUGAUUCAAGCGAAUCACGAUUAUGUACUUCAAAAAAAUGUAUUUACUGUAAAUCACGCAAUCUGGGAUAGAUGCACCAAGUGCAUGCUGUAGAUUUAUCAGGUUUAGCAUAAGCAUUAACAUCAGACACCCUUCAACUACAAAGGAUGUAAAGGAUGCUCACCAGUAGCAUCUGAACGUAGAAGCCAUGUGAUUGCACACAGAGAGGGUGUUCCCUGAUUUUCUCUUUGAUAGGUUUUCUCUGGUCGUGGCCUCCUAUCAACUACAGUGUGAGGGUCACUCACAAGAGGCUGUGUUGAUUUCUUGCUACACAUCAGUAUUCUGAACCUCCCUCUUUGUGAGGCCCUACCAGAAAGACUGUCUUGUGUUAAACCAGGAAGUAAAAGAACAAAAAAAAGAAGAUUUUUUUCACUAUUUCAAUUAUUUGACAGAGAGAUGAAGAAGCCCACAAUAUACACAGCUCAUUUAUUUUUCUGUAUUAGUAAUUUUGAUUCAUUGAUGUGUUCAUUUUCUGAUUUUUCGCAUUUGUUGCAUUUGUUAUGGAUUGUUAUUCUUACCGUUGUUGUUGUUUUAUCAUGAGAAGGAAAUGUAAUUUCAUCUGAUGUACUGGCACUGAAAGAAAACUGCAUUUGGGUUUUGUACUGUAAAUCGUUUUGUUCACAUUUGGCGCUUAUUUGUUUCAGUUGUUUAAUAAUGAGGUGUUGGAUUUCAUUUGGAGUAUCAGUACUCUUUGGGUUCAACAUUUGUGUAGUACCAAGUUGUAUUUCUUUUUGUCAGUGCAAAUUAAUGUUAUAGUGUCAAUCAGCUUUUUUAGGUGUUUGAACAAAAUGUGUUUUUUACAAAUACAAAAUGUUCAAGUAUGUGGUUUAAAAAAGGGUUAACAUUCAAACAACCGACUUUUUACAAAUAAAGGCUUAUACAGUAAAGAAAGCUAAUGUCUUUUUCAUUUGCCCUUUGUGGACUAAUAUGCAGAAUUUCUUUCCUUUUUUACUUUUUAAACAUUUAUUUUUUGUAUUAGUCCCCAAAAGGUAAAUUCUCUACAAUGUUUGCAACAUAGGUGGAUACAAUCAGGUAAUAUAUUUUCUCAUUUCUGAUUCAAGAAGCUGUCAGAGCUCUGACUUUUUAAGUUGCUGUCUUGCUUUCGAUAAGGACUGUUGAGUAUGAAAACAGCCCGAAAAACAAAAUUUAAAAAGAGUUAAGAUUGUCUUCUUUUAAUUUGAUUACAAAACAUUGCGCGUUUACACCUUCUUUCAUACCCUAUUUCCUGAAUAAAGACGCAAAGUGACUCCUG